AUGAUGAAAUUUACAAGAGCAAGAAAAAAGUAUAGGAUAGAAAACCCAUAUGACGAAAAACAUAAGUUGGAAAUUCUUGAUGAAAAAAAUGAUAAAGUACAAAAAAUAAAAAAAAUUAAAAAUAAAGAAGAAAAUCAUAGCAAAAAUAAUGAAACACAAAUUAAUAAGGCAGAACAAUUUAUGAAAAUAUAUAAACGAUAUAUGGAACAAAAUCAUGAUUUUGAAAAAGUUCAAAAAGAAAAUGAAUAUAUAAAAGAAACAAAAGAUAAGACAGUCAGGAGAAAAAAAAUUAAAAAACUUAAUAUAAAACUUAGAAAAAAUAAUUUAAUUGAAAAAAUAAUAAAAAAUAAAGCAUUUAUGGUAGCUAAAGAACGAAUAUCAAUUAGACCAAAAGAAAAAGAAAAAACAAAAAAAAAUAAUACAAACAAUUAUAAUAAAACACCAUCAACAACAUUUAAUGAAAAUAGUAAAAAAAUACAAAAACUUAUUAUAAAAUCAAAUAAUGAUAUAAAAACAAAUAAUAUAGCACAAAAAAAUAAUACCCAAACAACCAAUAAUAAUAAAAGUAAAAAAAAUCGAAUUGAAAUAAUAAACAAAUAUGACGAAAUAAUGAACUCAAAUAAGUUUUUGCAAAAUCCUCUUGAAUUUGCAAAGAAUGCUUUAGACCAAAAAAAGAAACCAAACACUUUAUCAAAGCAAUCUUAG